AUGGCCUCAAAGACCUCAAAAUGGGCCAAUGACGACGAUGAAGAGGCCGCUGCAGCCCUAGCAUUGCGGAAAAAAGAGAAGGAGGAGCGCAAACGUCUCAAGGAAGAGAAAGCCCGGAAGGCCGCCGAGGCAACAACGACACAUGCAGACGAGUCUGCCUCACACACUCCCUCUGGCGAUGAUCAACGACCUCCGAAGCGGCAACGAACCUCGGAGUCCCAGAACAAUGGUACGGGCGAAGGAAAAGACAAGGAUGAAGAAGGCGCACACCUAUUACACUUUCCCUCCCGCGCCAUCCAACCCUGCAGACAUGUCUCGCAGUACGAGACACUCAACAGUAUCGAAGAGGGCUCGUACGGAUUCGUGUCGCGGGCGCGCAAGAAAAGCAGCGGCGCCAUCGUGGCGCUCAAACGUCUGAAAAUGCACAACGAGGCAACCGAAGGAUUCCCCGUCACGGGCCUACGAGAGAUACAGACGCUCCAGUCGUGCCGGCACGACCACGUCGUCAAACUUCUCGAGGUCGUCAUGGGCGACAGUUUGAGAGAUGUCUAUCUCGUAAUGGAGUUCCUCGAACACGACCUCAAGACGCUUCUGGAGGACAUGGCCGAGCCGUUCCUCCCGUCGGAGACGAAACAGCUCAUGCUCCAACUUGUCUCUGCCACCGAGUACUUGCACUCGAACUGGAUCAUGCACCGCGACCUCAAAACGUCCAACCUCCUGCUCAACAACCGCGGCGAAAUCAAGCUCGCGGAUUUCGGUAUGGCGCGGUACGCGGGCCACCCCCGGCCGCAGAGGCUCACCCAGCUCGUCGUGACGCUGUGGUACCGCGCCCCGGAGCUCCUGCUGGGCGCCGAGGAGUACGACUUUGAAAUCGACAUCUGGAGCGUCGGCUGCAUCUUUGCCGAAUUCCUUACCAGGGAACCCUUGUUCCAGGGCAACACCGAAGUCGACCAGCUGUCGCGGAUCUUCGCGCUGCUGGGCACCCCGACCAACGAGACCUGGCCGGGCUUCAGAAGCCUGCCGAACGCGAAAGCCCUGCAUCCCAUACUGUCCAAAUCCUCGUCCUCCUCCUCAUCGUCGUCACUUUCCGUGUCCAAGUUCCCGUACCUCACAAACUCUGGCCUCCGUCUCCUUGCGUCAAUGUUGUCCAUGGACCCCAGCGGCCGCCCGUCGGCCACCGAGAUCCUCUCGCACCCUUACUUCAAGGAAGAUCCGCGACCGAAGGCGAAGGAAAUGUUUCCCACCUUCCCCAGUAAAGCGGGUCAGGAAAAGCGCCGGCGCAGAGCCACUCCGCAGGCUCCUGUGCGCGGCGACGCCCCGAAACUCGACGAGCGUGAAUUCGAAGGCAUCUUUGCAGGCCGCGCCGAUGAAGAACGUGGUGCUGGAUUCGCACUGAGAUUAGGUUGA